CGUUGAAGUUGACGUUUAAUGUAGUAACUCUGCCGAAUGCGUGUGUGACUGUGUGUUUAUAAAUACGUACUAAAGGGUCACCCAUUUGGUGAAAGCGGUAUAUUCACGUUGUGUUAUUCACUGUAUCCGACAAUAUGGAUAGGCUUGAAAAUAUAAAUCCGAAGCUCUACAGGAAAUGUGAAGAGCGGCAAAUAACUGAAAGUGAUGAAGACGAUAGUGUCACCGAUGAAUUUGAUUCUAGAGAAAUCUUCGAUCUUAUACGAGGAAUAAAUGAUCCAGAACAUCCAUUAACAUUAGAGGAACUUAAUGUUGUGGAGCUCGACAACAUAUCGGUGGAUAACAGCAAGAAUGAAGUGAAGGUGCUGUUCACUCCAACUAUUCCACAUUGCAGUAUGGCAACAAUCAUAGGACUUUCCAUAAGGGUACAGUUGUUGCGUGCAUUACCUCCCAGGUUCAAAGUCAGUGUGGAGAUUGCACCUGGUACUCAUGCUUCAGAAUCAGCUGUUAACAAACAACUAGCUGAUAAGGAGAGAGUUGCAGCUGCACUGGAGAACUCGCACCUGAUUGAAGUCAUUAAUCAGUGCAUCGUUACUUAUUAAGGACAUUGGUGCGAUAGUGUGCUUCAUGAGAACUUGUUUUUAUAAAGCUGUUGU